AUCCCCCGCCCCCCAAAUGCGUUCAUGCUCUUCCGCGCAGACUUUGUCCGCCAGAAGCACGUCCCUGGCACCAUCGAGACAAACCACGGCUCGCUCUCCAAGAUCAUAGGCAACUGCUGGCGCUCCCUCCCGCUCGAGGAGAAGCGCGUCUGGGAAAUCAAGGCGAAGCACGCAAAGGCAGAGCACAAGCUCAUGUACCCCGACUACCGCUUCCGCCCC